AUGAUCAACAAUUGCAAUAACAUCUACACCGCUAAGAGUAGCGACAACAACUCCACCAACAACAAAAACAACAACACAAUAAUACCGCGCGAAUACAAUCAGAGUGGUGAAAAUUUAUUGGCCGAAAAAAGACAAGCGCAUUCUGGCGGAUCAGUGACGGUUGAGACCAUUGUGAGCAGUGUUUCAAUUAAAAUUGAAGUCGUAAUCGACUGGCACAAUGUGCCAGGCCCAUGCAUCACAUGGGUAGAAUUAGACAAGGGGACUGCCUCACCCCCAGACCCCCAGAUCAUGAUAGAAAAAAAUUUUGAAGGCCGUGUCAAAUUUUCAUCUUCAUCGCCGCCAAGUGAUCACCUUCAUUGCCGUUACUACAUUAUACCCUCAUUGCGGCCAAUAAUUUUCAUCACACCAUGCCUCGCUACCGAUGAUUUGGCAUCAGAAAUGCGUCAAAGGAAGAAUGAAGCCAGCAAACGAACAUCACACGACAAUAAUUAA